AAACAACUUGCGGUCAGUUCUAACCGCGAUAAUAAUUACGGUGGAAUGAAAUUUAGAAAGAUGUGGAUUUGAUCAAUUAUUCGACUUCUUCACUCACAAUAAGAAUCACGUGUUAAUAAAGUUUUCUAUUUCUUUCGUUAGAAGAAUGCAUUUUGUUAUUUUUGUGAUCGGAAGUGAAUCUUGUGUGCAAUUUUCAGGAUAAUUAAUGAAAUGUUCAAACGGAAACGAAACAACACAAAUUCUCAGGAAGACAUCGAAAUUUCGGAUGAUGAACUAAUAAAUUUAAAAAACGAGACAAGGCCAGGAAGAGUUAGCGACGUGAUUGACAGUAUGGGAGAUCGCGAAUUGCCACUGUGUCAUCGUAGACCCAAAGAUGAGGCAUCUCCAGACCAGGAAUAUUUUGUAGCACCAGAAUCUGUUAAUCUCUUUAUGCCUGAUUGGUUGAUAAGGCAGCCAGACACCCAAGAUGCCACUCCAAAUAGUAACGAUACAGUUGCAGGCAGCUCAGUUCAGGUGGCAAAGAUGCCAACGUCGAAAGGAGCUCAUUGUUACAAUAUGAAUCACAAAAAUCGUGGAAAAUGCGUGGUUUUCAACCAUGAGAUUUUUGACACUGGGUUCGAUAACAGGGAAGGUUCAUCAUAUGACGCUAAACGGAUUGAACGGACUUUUAAGAACCUUGAAUUCACUGUCGAAAUACACGACAAUCUGAAACACAGCGAUAUACUCGAGAAAAUUGAAACACUACAACAAGAAGAUCAUAGUGAAAAUGACUGCAUAUGUAUCUUCAUCUUAACACAUGGAUUGAAUAACGACCUAAUUUGUGCCAAGGACGUGGCAUAUUCUUCGGACAAUAUCUGGAAACCCUUCACCGCCGAGAAGUGUACCUCUUUAGCUGGAAAACCUAAAAUAUUUUUCUUUCAGGCUUGCAGGGGUGAUAAACUCGAUUCUGGAAUUUUAUUACAACGCAGUGCUGUAAGAACCGAGACAGAUUCAGCAAUAACAUCUUAUAAAAUUCCAACACACGCAGAUUUUCUCAUCGCGCACAGUACAGUUCAAGGUUUUUUCUCCUGGAGAAAUCCCGAGGAAGGCACUUGGUACAUCAAGUGUUUGUGUGAAAUAAUCGACGAGUAUGCAGAUUCGACAGAUUUUGUUAAAAUGUUGACGAUGACAGCACGGAAGGUGGCCACCGAAUACGAGAGUUUCCAUGAUUUAAAUCUAGCUCAGCACGAGCAAAAACAAGUCCCUUCGCUGACUUCGAUGUUAAUCAGAGAUCUCUAUUUUUUCAAAAAAUUAUCUAAAUAAGACUAAUGUCUCUCUUUAAAAUUUAAAAAAGAAAAGGAAUUUUUUGGAGAAAUAAGAAUAAUAACGAAAAUGAAUAUUUGAAAGCUCAUUAAUAUGUGCUAAAAACAAAGUGUUUUGAUAGGGUGGGAUUUGACAAUCAAAGUGACAUUGAGUAUUUUUUGCCAUGCCUUUGACGAUGUUGAUCAAAGAAACUACUUUAAGAUUUAUAAAAUACGAUGAUGGUAUUACUACUUAUUAGUGUCGAGUUUUUUCAAUAUUUAAAUAUUUAUUUUACUAUAUAUAUUUUCAAAUCGUUCAUUCGAUUUAAAAUUGUUGAUCAAGUUUACCUUAAAUGCAAUAAGAAAGUGCAAAAUCUUUUCUUAACUGAAGCAUCCAAAUAUUUUAUUUAACUUACAAUUUAUCGUCGGCAAUGAUAUAAAAUUUAAUUUGCAAUUUCAAAUUAGAUCGAUAUAAUUGCGCUUAUGAAUAUAACAUACAAAAAUGGUAUCUUAUAUACAAUCUAAAAGGCUUUUGUUUAAAGUAUUUAUAUAAAGUUUCCUGUAAUAAAAUAAGAAUUUCUUAUUACGAUUUAAACGAUGCGUAGGUAUUACAUGUAUUUUAUUCGCUACAUGCGGCUAUACUUUUUUUCAGUACAAAUUUCUUAUAAGGAUUUGUCAAAAUACGUGUUGAUAUACAUUUUUUUCUAGAGAAAUAUUUUGAUUAUUAUUGUAUCAAGUAUGAUUUAUUAAAGUUAUUUACGAAC